GGACUGGCGCGGGGGGACGGAUGUGCGCCCUCGGAGGGCAUCCCGCUCCCCACCCCGACCUGUGCCAUGGCGGAAAGCGAGGAGGCUCUGCGGGCCGCUUUGGCGCACUUGGGCGAGCACGGACUGCGCGGGAGGCUGUUCCGGCGGGACGAGAACAGGAACGUAGCCCUGGUCGGGCUGACCGGAGAGACUACUCGUUCUCUGGUCCCUAAGGAGAUACCCGGACGAGGGGGUGUCUGGAGAGUGAUCUUUAAGCCGCCAGACCUGGAUAAUGAGUUUUUAAGCAGAUUAAACGGAUUCUUAGAGGGAGAGGGCACAAUUGAGUUGACCAGAGCUCUUGGAUAUGGAAACGACCCUUUUGACCUAGGCCAGAACAUGAUCCCAGAAAUACAGACCCCUAUGUUGACACAAGCAUUAGAGGGAGCCCUUCAGCCGUACAAAAAGCUGAGAGUGUUCUCAGGCAGUGAGCCUCCAGAACCAGGAGAAGAAGAAUUCGAAUUCCGGCAGUUUCUUCAUACUCCUCAGAUGACGAAGACAUGGCCGGUGUCAGAUGCAGAGAAAAGAAGGCCAUGGCUAGAGAGCCUCAGAGGCCCAGCAUUUGAUGUUAUUCGUUUCCUCAAGAUAAACAGUCCUUUCGUUACAGUUGCUUGAUGCCUGCAGGCUCUUGAGCAAGUGUUUGGGGUUAUUGAGAAUCCUAGGGAAUUGCAGAUCAAGUAUCUGACCACUCAUCAGAGAGAUGAAGAUAAAUUGUCUGCUUACCUGCUAAGGUUGGAGCCUUUAUUACAGAAACUGGUAGAGAGAGGAGCAAUUGAGAAAGAUGUGAAUCAGGCUCACCUAGACCAAUUCCUGGCUGCAGCCAUCCACGGAACCCUUCGCAGGAAGCUUGCUCUGCCACAGGCCGGCCCAGCCCCUGGCUUACUGAUAAAGGAUGAAGAAGCAGCUGAGGAGGAGGAGGCCCUUUUUCAGGCAGUAUUAGAAGGGCAUUUCUCCUGAAUCUUAGGCAACCAGGAAGGGGUAGCUGGCAGCAAGCAGAGCAUGAAGGCUCCACGCCAAACAUGAGGCUUGAACUCAUGACCCUGAGAACAAGAGUCACAUGCUCU